UGCGGUCAGUUUAUUGACGCUAAACGCCGAGCAGAGACGGAGGGAAAGUCGGGCGUUGAAUAUAUCAAUGAUAGUAAUAUUGCGGCCGCAGUGAUGGACAUGUAUAUAGGGGGAAUAGACACCGUAUAUACAACUCUCGUAUGGAAUGUACUAUUUAUGGUAUAUUAUAGCGAUUGGCAGCAAAUUAUGCGAAAUGAAGUGAACGAUAGACUGGGCGAUAGGGCACCGGUUGUGGCCGAUAAACACUAUUUGCAUUGUGUUAUGGCAUUCAUAUACGAGACCAUUCGUUAUAGAAUCGCAGGACCUAUGGGUGCACCGCAUAUGACUUUAUCAGAUACCAUAUUAGGCGACAAAUACCCAGUUCCCGGUCAAACAAUACUGAUCACUCAUUAUUGGCAUAUAUUGACUAACGAUAAAUCUUUUUCAAACGCUGACCAAUUUAAACCUGAACGUUUUAUUGAUGAGCAUGGCCAGUUUAACUCCGUUGGCUCAGCAGCAUAUAUACCGGAAGUGGACGCCGCCGGCUAUAACCUAUUUAUAUGGGCAGAGUUGAGCGCCGGAUUCGACCCGAACGACCACAAUGUGACAAACAACGACACCUACCGGGCGUUCACAAUCAUAUGCUACAAACACUGUGUGCUGGUCAACGAGCUCUACUCAUUUGGCAAAGAGGUGCGGGCGGGCGACUACCGCACGGCAUACAUGUAUCUGCUUAUGAUGAGAGAGGGCUGGACAGCACAACAGGCCGCAGACAGUGUAACCCGUGAAAUGCGCGCCCUCUGGACACUGGCCCAGGAGUACGGCCGACGGCUGAACGCUAUGAACGUACCGGCGCUCGACCGGUACGUCUCGGAAGCUCUCAGCGUAACGAAUGGCAACUUUUAUUGGUCUUCCGUUUGCGGUCGCUAUAACGCCCAAUGA